AUGAACUGGGAUAGUUUUCGUGAACAGCCCGCUGCUACAGCCAAAGCGGAAGAGAUCAUUACCUUCUCGUCUCCCCCUGCAAGUCCUCGUCCAUUUUCUCAAGCACCUCCGAACAACAGGUCAUCUACCAAGUGCCAGCUUAUUGAUAGUGAUGAAGACGAAGAUACCGACUCAGACGUAAUGGAUAUCCACGAGGACCUGAUUUCCUCAGACGCAGACCACCAGUUGGACAUUGUCUCCAACAUGGAUGUAGAUCAGCCCCCGAUGGAUCUGGACCAUGCUAUAUAUUCCACUAAUGUCGAGGUCCAUUCCUCCAUGCUCCUUAAGAAGGAACCAGAGGCAGGUGCUCGCCCUUCCAAGCGCAUGAAGAUGGAGGAGGUUGGGCCUCAGGUCAUUGCCGGUGAUACAUCUGGAUCAAAGGAGAAGAGGAAGCGCAAGAACACGGCACCACGCAAGAAGGGUCUCCUGCCAGCGUACUGUCAUGACGGCAAUAAAUGGUCUAGGGUCUUCAUCGCCACAUUUCUCAAGUGGUUGGCAUGCCAGAUAAGCGUCUGGGGCCCGACAAACAUGAAGAUCCUUGAUGCCAUCCGGUACAUAUGGCGUGCUGUCUAUAACGAGGACCUGCCAUUGGAGCAGGAUACGUUUAGCGGACCUGCCUUUGCUAUUUGUAAGCAGAAGGCAAACGAGUGGCGCAGCAAUUUUGGAUCAACUGCCAUUGCCGCCCUCUGUACCUCAUUUGUCAAGCAGGGUAUGUAUGGCUCUGACGACGCAGUGCAGCAGCGCACUUUCUACUCCAAGGGGCUGCUCGCCCAGAACACUUUCUUGUACGAGGAUGUCGUUGACGGCAAGCCGCUUCAUACAUUCCGAGGCAAGCUUUAUCUUGUCACUCUUGCAACUCACUAUUCUGCCAUCCGGAACGCUGUUGAUGUUCCCCAGUUGCGGCUUCCCUCCCCUUAUACUCCUUGGGGUGCGAUGACUCUUUGCUGCGCUGCGGGCGAAAGGGCGUGCAGGCUUGCCUCUAUAGACAAGCUUGGUGAUAUCAGCGACGUCCUCAUCAGCCUUGCCAGGCACCAUGAGAUCCGCGGCAGCCUGAACAGCACUGUCAGCAAGGCCAAGUCCCUUCUCGCAGGAGCCGGCGGCCGCAAGCAGGUGAACGUGAGGACGGGGAAGGCUUCAACCUCCCUAUUAAACUUCUCAGAGGCGAACUACAAGAAGUCCACGGAUAUGUUUUGGAAGUCGGUCAAAGGCGCUUCUGCGCUGUUCCUUUUGGAGGCUUUCAACGCAACAGCUAUCUAUGCCCCCAACGCUAGGAAGGAGGACAACGACGAAGACGAAGACGAAGACAGCGAGGACGAGGACGAGCAUGAGGAAUCAGACGUUGAUGAUCCACGGGCGCAUCUGGAUAUGAACUGGCCUCGGUUGCAACCGAAAGUCCAGAUUUCCGACACGCCUCUUGCUCGUGGACUCCCUCCUUCCUCCUCCCGGCAUUGCCAUCUCGCACACUCAGUUCCAGUCGUACUCGCCCGCUCGCGAGGCUGCCCGUUCUCUCCCCCCCUCGAGCACCAGGGCUCUCUUUUUGGCGAGCACCGCUCACCACACACGAACGGCAAUAUCAUGAGCCCUGCCCCAACGCCAAGUAAUGUUGGGAUGACACCGUGGGUCAAGCAUCGCUCGCGCUCACGCUCGGACUCCCCCAAGGUCCGGCUGAGCCCGAACCCUUCUGCAUGCAAGCUCGUGGAAAAGAGGCCAGCGCUCACCUGCCUCUUCUGUUGA